AUGAAAAUGGUGCUCUACACUAUAAAAGAGCUUAUGCUAUUAUGCUCUGAUUAUUCACUUGAUGCUCAAGUUCAAAAGACGUUAUUUGCUACUGAUUUAUGGGUAGCAAAAGCAGCACGAGAUCAACAAAUUAAACUUGUCGAACAUAUCUCACAAAUUUAUAACAAAAAUGGUUUUCUCAAUAGACCACGCUCACCUUCACGUGUUGUUUCCAGUUCCCAACGAAAUCUUGCAGCAAGAUCUGCAUCAGCUGAUUUUACACAAAUGUCAGCUUAUAAUAAUAAAUUUCAAUCAUUUGCUUCCAAAAAAAAGCCUGAUGGUCUAAAAAUUGGUGCUACCUUUUCACCACCAAAACAACAAUCGACAAGUCUGGUUAGAAAACUAAGUGGCAUUGAAAUGGAUAUAUCCACAAUUGGAGAACCGAAACUAAUGCCAAUAUUCGAAGGAAGUGAAGAAAAGGCAAUACAAAAUGGUCCUGCAAUCAGCACAGUGACAACGAAAAGAGUUAUCGAUUCUGGUGAUAUGACUAACGAUGCUGAUAAAACAGAAAGCAUAGAAAAUAUGCUCUCAACAACUGAAGGAUCAAGAAUGCAUAUUCCAUCAACAACAAUUGCUUGGACUUCAUUUGAAUUUGAACCAACACCUGCAUCAACAGCACAGCAGGAUUCCUUAUAUGAACUUAGUGUACAUGUCGAUAGUAUUCUCAAAACAUCUUUGCACGAAAAUUCAAAUAAAGAUUUUAAAUCAACAACAGACACGAACAAAAAUGAGAAAAAUAAUCGUGUAAUUAGAAAAUGUAUCAGUGCAUCAUUGAAUGUUCGACGACCAAUAACAAGAGUGAAAUCUGAUAUGAGCGAAACAAGGGGUAAGAAAAAUGGACAAGGACACAUAUCACGUGCAGCACUACGAUAUUUAUCGGACGAUCCCAAAAUAGUCGCCGAAAUAGAAGAACUUGAAUUGGAAUAUUUAUUCAAUUACAUUCGCUAUUUGAAAACGUUUGCUAAAUAUUCUGAAAUGGCAGAAGAAGAAAUAAUGGCCCAAGUGGAAAGUGAUCCUCAUACAUUACGUAAUCUUUUGGAACGUUCUACGAAGAUAUUAGCUGAAUAUUUUAUAUUCUAUAAUAAAUAUAAAAAAUGUUCUCGUCGUGGUUUCGAUGGUGUAGUACGAACAUGGCGAAGAAAUUUACAUCAGUUUGAUAAACCGACAACAAUAAGUGAAAAUAAACAACCAACAGUAGAUGUGACAGAAGAAAUAAAAAUAUCUCAAAAAAGAAUUUGUUUUCGAAAUCCUUGUGGAAAUCGUGGACUUUGUGUUGAAACUCAUCAGUCAUACGAAUGUCGAUGUUAUUUCGAUUAUAUUGGAGAAAAUUGUCAAGAACGUUUGAAACAAGAUAGGGCACUAUGGUCUUCUCUAAUACCGGUACAUACAAAAGUUUUGUUCGAUAUGCUGCAAAAAGCCUAUCAUUCUAACAAACCUCAAAGAAAAUCAUCGAAUGAAAUUAACUUUGGCAGUGUAUUAUCAACAGAACAUAUUCAAAUGACAACGACUAAUCCAUUGAUAAGAAAUGAAAACACACGCGAUUCUAGAUCAAGAUCAGAAUCGAAUGAUCUUUCAACAUCAACAACAAUGUUUUUAAAUGAUCUUCCAAAGUAUUCGACGACGAUUAAUAGAGAAAAUCAAAGAAUAAGCAUUGAUUCAGAUGAAAAUUCAGUGACCACAUUUCCUCCACCACCAAAAAGAUUUCGCACAAAUCCUGUCAUUAUUCCAGCUAGUGAUAUUCAGUUGGAUGCUAUUUUUCCAAAGCAGACGUCAUACAGUCAACAAUCGUCUACAAUCAGUUCUGAUCAAUUGACAUCCGAGUCAUCAUUCAACGAAUCAUCCAAUACGAAUGUAACAGAUAACAAUUCUUCUACAAUAGUCAAUGAUGUAUCAUCACUGAUUCCGUCGACAACAGCAGAUAGACUAUUAGAAAGUACAAUAAGUUUAUCGAGAUACACCAUGGAUGUUGGAAACGAUAGUGGUAAACAUUCAACGACACAUUCCAAUGAUAAUUUAACAUCUGAAACGAGUAGCAUGACCGAUUUGAACACCGUUACCAUUGAUGUUACAAUGACAACAUCUACUCAAGAAAACAACGCUGUCAACUCUAGUACAAUAUCAGCAAGCGAUCACGAUUCAAACGCUAGCUUAUUUUCACUUACAAACAGGCCAACAACGACUCAAAACGAGCUCACUACAACGAUUACAACACCCUCUACUACUAUUGAUUUCUUAAAUCCUAAUAUGUACGUACCAUUAUUAUUUGACUUAACGUCUUCAUCGACUAAUGAAAAAAGUGAAACAAGUACUGAUCCAGCAUGGUUACAAUAUUUCAGUUUUAAAAGACAUCAUCGUAAAGAGACAGCAACACCAAUUAUCUCAGAUAAUUAUUCGACUGAAUCUGAAAACAGUAUAAAUGAAUUAAUAACAACCACUAUGUCACAACCAGAUUUAACUUCACUGAAUCACGCUAGCAUUGAAUCUGUUUCUAGUUUAAUGCCUGAUUCAUUCGAUUUUUCUUCAAUAAGCACACCAUUACCAACGAAUGACUCUUUUUUCGAAAAUAGCACUGUGUCAGAUUUCCCCGAUUACUCAUUGUUUUCAAAUAGCACGGACAAUAUUAGUACUUCAGCGACAACAGUAGACGUGAAUCAAACAUUGUAUUUGCAUUCUCUAACAUCUAUUAUGAACAAUUUACACCGAACAAAUGUAGAAUUAAUUGGUGAUGAUAAAAGUUCUAAAUUAGUAGAUAAUGAAGUACUAAACAACAUUUCAAAUGCUGUUGAAUCAAAAUUAUUAUACAAACUAUGCGAGGAAUUAUUAGCACGACUUUUACCGAAUACGCCAAAGAGUAGUCAAGAACAACUUCAAAUUGAUAAUAAAACAGCGAAUGCACUGUUCAGUUGGUUAAGUGAACAUCUAACAAGUACGACUAAAAAUAAUUUAGUCAAUGAACAACAAACAACAGUAGCGCCACCUAAAUCACUGCGACGUUUAAGUAUAACCGAAGUUUUGAGUAAUUUAGAUGAAUUACCAUUAGAUGGAUCGCUUACUUCAGACGAAAAGAGGAGAUAA